CUGAAAGCUGAGUGCACACUUUAUCUGAGAAUUGUGUGCAGCUCGGAUAAUAUAGGGUUAAAUAAGUCAACGCCUCAGUGUACAGAAGCAGGAAGCGCCUGCUGUUCUUCUACUGAAACCAGUUUUUGUAGGCCACCACCAUGAAGAAGAAGGUUGCUGUGAUAGGAGCUGGAGCCAGCGGUCUGGUAGCUAUAAAAUGUUGCUUGGAGGAGGGUCUGGAACCCACGUGUUUUGAGAGAACAGAUGACAUUGGUGGACUAUGGAGAUUUGAGGAAAAACCUGAGUCGAGCAGAGCCAGCAUUUACAGAUCUGUUAUCAUUAACACUUCCAAGGAGAUGAUGUCUUACAGUGAUUUCCCUAUACCAGAUGAGUUCCCAAAUUUUAUGCAUAAUUCUAAGAUUUUGAGGUAUUUCAGACUCUACGCUGAACACUUCCAGCUAACUCAAUAUAUCCGCUUUAAGACCACGGUGUGUAGUGUUAAGAAGCAGCCAGACUUUGCUACAAGUGGACAAUGGGAGGUCAUCACUGAAAAGGACGGUAAACAGGAGACAGCCAUUUUUGAUGCUGUAUUUGUCUGUAGCGGUCAUCACACAGAAGCGCAUCUCCCUCUGAAAACAUUUCCAGGUAUUGAGAAGUUUAAAGGACGGUACCUUCACAGUCGAGAUUAUAAAAACCCAGAAGAAUUUCAAGGCAAAAGGGUCAUCGUCAUUGGGAUUGGAAACUCUGGUGGAGACAUUGCUGUGGAACUGAGCCGGACGGCUUCACAGGUGUUUCUUAGUACCAGGAGAGGAUCAUGGAUUUUGAACAGGGUGUCGGAUUAUGGUUAUCCCGCGGACAUGUUGUUCCUUACACGUUUUUACAAUACGAUGAAGAAUGUCAUACCCAGUUCCCUUAUCAAUACCAUUGCUGAGUCCAAGUUAAAUAAACGGUUUGACCAUGCAAAUUUUGGCCUAAAACCACAACAUCGUAUUUUUAGCCAACAUCCUAUGGUGAAUGAUGACCUACCAAACCGAAUUAUUGCUGGCACUGUACUCGUGAAGUCCAACGUGGUAAAGUUUAAGGAGAAUGAUGCCAUUUUUGAUGAUGAGACGGUGGAAGAAAAUAUUGAUGCUGUUAUAUUUGCCACGGGUUACAGCUUCAGCUUUCCUUUUUGUGAGGAGCUUAAAGUUCAGAACAACAAGGUCUCGUUAUACAAAUACGCCUUCCUACCAGAGCUCGAGAAGCAAACCCUCGCCGUCAUUGGCUUGAUACAACCGCUUGGGGCAAUUAUGCCCAUUUCAGAACUACAAUGCCGACUUGCCACAAAAAUCUUUGCCGGAGAAAAAUUGCUGCCAUCUGCUAGUGACAUGAAAGAAGAUAUCAGAAAAAAGAGAGAAGAGAUGGCGAAACGCUACGUUUGCAGUCAGCGGCACACUAUACAAGUCGACUACAUGGAAUAUAUGGAUGAACUGGCAGAAUUGUUAGGGGUGAAGCCAAACCUGUUGAGUCUUUUCCUAACUGAUCCCACGCUUGCCUGGAAUGUUUAUUUUGGGCCUUGCACACCAUAUCAGUAUCGGCUAUCUGGACCUGGGAAGUGGGUUAAAGCUAGGUCCGCCAUCUUAAAUCAAUGGGAUAGAGUUAUAAAACCAAUGAGAACUCGAUAUGUAGAACAAACCUCACACUUCUCUCUCUUACAUGUAUUCAUGGGGCUAUUGGUACUUUUGACUGCAAUAUUCUGUUAUUAAUGAUUGAAGACAGUCCUGUACCUCCCUAUGUAGAAAUGAAAUGCAUUGUCCAUGUGUAAUUACAUGCCUGUAGAUUAAUGGCCCUGAACCUACUGAUGGGUUCGCUUUACCACCAGUGUCAAAGCCAGAGAAAUAAAGGGUGCUUUACUUGCCUAUUCACAGAAUUAAAGCAGUCUCUGAUAAAAAUAAAAUAAAAAUUUUCCUGUAAUACAAAAAAAUGCAUAUAAAAAAAAUCCAUCAAUCCAUAACUUGAUUUCGUUUGCAUUUUGAAAAGAGUAGUUAAAGGAGUUGUCCAUAGCCCCAAUGGUCCUAGCGUGUAACCAAUGCAAAAAAACAAAAACUGUCCUAUCCUACAGGUUUCAAACCUGGAUCGCUGAGGUGGUUGCAUGCCCUUAGGUUAAAUCUUCAAGUGUAGAUAACACAAUUAGAUAAAUGGGGAGGUCUCUGGUUUCAUGUGAGGUACAGGGCUGUUUUUUUGUUAUCAUGUGUAUGAUACAAUCUAAUAGCUCGGACCACUCCAAGUAAUACCGGUGCAUGCCUUGAUGGGGAUGUGUCCAAAAUCCCCACAGUAACAUAAUCCAAACCAAAGAAGAUGGAGGCCAGGACUCCAAUAGAUGCGUAGAACUGGUAUUUUAUUCCAGAUGCAACACUUGAGCUACCAAAGCCUUUGUCAGUCAUACCUUGGAAAAGGUUUUGCUAGCCUAAACGUCACAUCCGGAAUAAUAUACAGACAGCAGUCCAAGAUAUAUUCAGAACUGUGCUAUAUCAUCUUCUUUGGUUUGGAUUAUCCAUGUACUUUGACUCAUUUUCCUUUUUGAGUAGUAAGCAAACUUCUAAACUAGCCAAGAAGAGUCGAGCAACAUAGGGCACAUUGCACAGAUGAAGCCAAAGACCGUACAUCUCCCUGCAUAUAAGGUGCUGGCUUAUUUAAAUAGGCCUUCAGCCAUGACUCUGAUCUUAAAGGGUCAAGCACGGACUUGUAGGACAGCUGCCUUACAUCUGGUGGCAUCCUAGGCAGAGCUUGUAGGAGCUCAGUUGCAUCCCUUUCUCCCUUCACUAUGCGUGAGGGGUAUUGUGCACUAUGUGCCUAGUGCUACCAUGUUGGGCCUAUGCCUGUAGUUAGUUUUAGUUUUUUUGUUUUUUGAACAUUUCAUCACGGCCAGGGUGAACUUGUGAUGCAUAUGUAAUACAUACUCAGUACUGUGUACUAAGUGGUACUGCACAGGAAGCCUGUGGACUUAUUAGCAGCAAAUGUUUUCUAUGGGGAUGUAAUAGAGCCAUGAUGCUGCUCCCAGUGUAAAUCCUGUAUUAGUAUGAGAAUUGAUGCAGUACAAUGCUGAGUUGCAAUUGUAAUCUACAAAAAUGUACUUUGAAAUAUUAAAGUUUCAAAUUGCAGA